ACUCUUUCAAAGGUGUUUUGUUUGAUUAACUAAACUUCCUCAUCACCCACACCGGUCACCAUCAUCACCUCCACCUCCACUAUCAACGAUUCAACGAAUUAAUCUGCCUCUCUUAUAACUUUGGCAUCUCCAAGAAUCGAGGACUCUCACCCGUCCCUUCCUCUCUCUUUAAAACCCAAACACAGAGGAGAAGAAGAAGCAAUGCAAUUUGCAUUCAGAAAUAACUGACUGACUCCUUUCCCUUCUGCGGCUCUCAGGAGGGGACGCGUUUGGUGGAGGAGGCUUUUGCGUUUUGACUUCUGAAAAUAAACAAAUAAAGAAAGAAGCUUCUUGGUCGGUGGGAAUCGGGCUGUCAAAGAAGGACGCUUGACAGCCCGAUUUUCUUGGACUCUUUCCUAUCAAGGCGAUUGUCUUUCUAUUUUCUUCACCUAUUUUGCUAUCUGGGUUGUUGGCCGCAGUCAAUUGUCUGCUUCUGUCUUUUAUAGUGGAUUUGCCUUCAUAUUUAUGAUAGAUUUUCCCCUUCAAUAUCUCCUCUAUGGGUUCCCUAUCUGGAAUCAUUCAACGACCAAUAGUUGCCGCUGCAGCUGUGGCCGCGGCUUCUGUUUCUACUGACCUUUCUGAGAAACUCCCAUCUGUCAAAUCUGUAGAUACUUGUUCUGGCUCACUUCAAUCACAUUCUCCAUUAUCGGAUCCAGUGCAAGAACCAAGCUUUUCAUGGGUCUCUCAUAUAUCAGUUUCCAGGCUAACCAAAUUGUCCUUCGUCAAUAGAAUUCAUGUACCUGUACCUAGCACUAAUUUCCUAGUUCCUAAUUCUAUUCAUAAAUAUGUCCCUAGUACAUUAGCUUCUCCGCUUCUUCUUCAUUCAUAUCAGUCAGCAGAAUUGGCAAAGGGUCCUAAACCAACUGCAUUGACAAAUAAAAUCUCUACUUCCGCCCCUGAUGUCUUGUACAGAUGGCAUUUGCCAGAGCCAGAUGCUAUUGAUGUUUCUGGAUCUUCUAAUUGCUCAUCGGUGAAGUCUAGGACAGUAGUGGUUUUGUUAGGAUGGUUAGGGUCAAAGCAGAAGCAUCUUAAGAAAUAUGCUGAGUGGUAUACUUCAAGGGGAUUUCAUGUCGUUACUUUUACUUUUCCGAUGGCUGAGAUUCUUAGUUACAAAGUUGGCGGAAAGGCUGAACAAGACAUCGACUUGCUUGUGAACCAUCUGGCUGAUUGGCUGGAAGAGGAGCAAGGAAAGAACUUGGUAUUUCAUACUUUUAGCAACACUGGAUGGUUAACAUAUGGAGUUAUAUUGGAGAAGUUUCAGAACCAGGAUCCCUCUUUAAUGGCAAAUAUUAGGGGUUGCAUUGUGGAUUCUGCACCAGUUGCAGCUCCUGACCCGCAGGUCUGGGCUUCAGGUUUCUCUGCAGCUUUUCUAAAAAAGAACAGUGUUGCUACAAGAGUUCAUAUGAGUUCAAGUGAUGUGGAGGUAUUUGUUGGCGGCAAAAAAUUUGUAGAACCCAAACCUGCAGCAACUGAAGCAGCUUUAUUAGUGAUUCUGGAGAAGUUCUUUGAGGUGGUUUUGAAUUUUCCUGCUGUGAGUAGGAGGCUCUCUGCUGUGCUAAGCUUAUUAUCAUCAAGACAACCUACUUGUCCACAGCUAUAUAUUUAUAGCACCGCGGAUAGAGUCAUCCCCGCAAAGUCUGUGGAGUCAUUUAUACAAGAACAGCGAAGAGCCGGGCAUGAGGUCAGGGCUUGCAACUUUGUGUCCUCACCACAUGUUGAUCAUUUCAGAAAUGAUCCAAAUCUGUACAGCACUCAGCUUAGCCAGUUUUUGGAUGAUUAUGUGCUUGCUUGUUGCAAACAUUCUUAGUUGAAACUAUUCAGGCGACAAGUUAAAACCUUGAUUCUUUCUUUCUUUUUUAGUAGCUUACAAAUUAUACAGCUUACAGAAAUUAUUAUUUUUCGAGAGUUUGGGGAAUGAAAUUCAGAACAUCCCAUUUAGAGAAUAGGUGUGAUUAUCAACUAGGCUAUGCUCAAACGACUUGUGCUAAUUGUAAUGGUUGUUCACAUCAAUGAAGUUACACAAAUGUUUUUAGUUCA